AUAUUGAUGGGGUCAAGACUUGAGCUCGGCAGCUGGAUUACCGACAUGAGCAUUGAAGGAACAUAUAUAAGCUCUGCAUACCACUCAAACAACUCGGAUCUUACUUGUGUCAAUUGAUGCAAUCGAUAACACUGACUAUGACAAGCACGAAUGUCGACAAGGGCUCUCAAGAGCAGGACACACCAACCAAGACCGGCAUCAAGGUCGUCAUUGUCGGAGCAGGCUUUGGUGGACUCACAGCAGCCAUCGAAUGCCACAGACAAGGCCAUGAUGUUAGCAUAUACGAAUCGUUCAAAGAGCUCAAAGUGCUCGGCGACAUCAUCUCAUUUGGUAGUAAUGCCGGGCGCAUCUUCCGCAGAUGGCACUACAAGUCUGGAGAUCGAGUGUCUGAUCGGUUGAGACCGCUCUCGAUCGAUCUCAGUAACCAUGGCUUUGACAUCUACAAGUGGACAGGUGAGUUCGUCAUCAAUCAGCCAAGUCCAAAGGCGGACCCAGAAGCGCCAGUCUUCAACGGGCAUCGCGGUGAGCUGCAUACUGUUGUAUUCGAGUAUGCAAGGGACGAGCUUGGUAUCCCGAUACACCUGGGCAAAAGGAUCCAAAAGUACUUUGAGGACGAAAAGCAAGCUGGCAUCGUCUUGGAGGAUGGCGAGAAGGUUCACGCGGAUGUUGUGAUUGGGUCCGACGGUGUCAGGUCAAAGGCGCGAGAGCUCGUACUGGGCUACGACGACCGUCCAAAGGCUAGCGGCUAUGCAGUCUUCCGGGCAUGGUUUCCCAACACAGACAUGAUGGCGGACCCGCGGACUCGCAAAUUCUGCGAGCAUGGCGACACGUUCCAAGGCUGGAUCGGACCUGAUGUGCACUUCCUCUUCUCGACCAUCAAGGGCGGUAAAGACUGCUGCUGGGUCAUGACGCAUCGCGAUGACAAGGACAUCGAGGAGAGCUGGUCCCUGCCUGGCAACAUGGAAGACGUGUACAAGGUCAUUGACGGGUGGGAUCCACUGUGCAAGGCGAUUGUCGAGAAGACGCCGUCCUGUGUGGACUGGAAGCUGGUGUAUCGCGACCCUCUACCUCGGUGGGUGUCGGACAAUGGGCGCACGUCUCUGCUCGGAGACUCGGCUCACCCGUUCUUGCCUACGUCGGCCCAAGGCGCGACUCAAGCCAUGGAGGAUGGAGUGACUCUGGCCUACUGCCUCAGGGUGGCAGGCAAGGCUCAGAUCCCAGCAGGGUUGCGCGCCUUCCAGGACAUCCGCUACGAGCGUGUCAAGGCGGUGCAGAAGACGGGCGAGACGACCAGAGACAUGUGGCACAAGGCCGACUGGGAGCGUGUCAAGGAGGACCCCAAGUCGGUGCAGAUGCCGCGUGAGGACUGGAUCCACGGUCACGAUGCAGAGACGCAUGUGUCGCAAGUCUUUCAAGACUCUUUCAACAAG